AUGUUAGUGUUCCACCUGUGGCCGCGCAAGGGCCGCGUGGCCGCGGGCGCCGACGCCGACCUGGCGCUGUGGGACCCGCGCCGCGAGCGCACCGUCUCCGCGCACACGCACCACCACGCCGUCGACUUUAACAUAUUCGAGGGUCAGCACGUAAUUGGUAGUCCCCAAUACGUUAUCGUCAAUGGUCGCGUUUGUCUCGAUGACGGCGAACUACGAGUCGUCGAAGGAUUCGGAAAGUUCCUGAACACUCCGCCGGACUCUCCGACGGUGUACGGCGCGCGUAACGAGCAGCAGGCGAGCGACGUGUCGGACGGGGGCCGGGAAUCCCCGAGGGCCUCGCCCGCCUACACCAACGGGACCUCCACCGAACUGAGCAUAUCCAACAAGCAAAUGGAGGGUCUGUCGGUGUCCGGCUGCAGCACUCCCACCGGACGAAAGAUGCGAGAGCCUGGACAGCGAGACUUGCAAAACUCCACCUUCUCUAUCACACUGCUGAUAGUAUAG